ACUGCCGGGGCGCUGCUGCGGUUCGGCGCGUGCGUGUCGCGUCGGCGGCCGCGCGGGGACAUGCGGAGCUGCGCGGCGCUCGGGGUAAGCGGCCCCGCUGGGGCUCGGCCUGGAACCGCUCCGCCGGUGGGGAGGGCGGAGCAGGAGCUGGGGCGGGAGGGCGGGCGCUUCUUGGGAGGCAGCGAGGAUCGGUUGGGCCGCGGCUGCAGAUCGCCGGCUCGGAGCCGCCGUCCCGGCGGUGCGGCCCACCCCAGGGGUGCGGGGCGAGGCGAGGCGGCGGCGGCACGGGACGGGCGGCGCGUUCUUCCUGUGUUGCGGGCGCGCUCCCCUCGGAUUUUCAGAAGCCGCCGCUGUACCCUCUUUUACAGCGCAUCCGCUGCGUGCGCUCCGCAGGGCUCGGGCUGCUCCGCUCGCCCACGUCGCUUUGUGCCCAGGUUUAUUUUCUCCCCGUGGUAAUUAACCCGCACAGACGUUUCAUUCAGUUAUUGCACGAAGGCCUGCUUUUUGAGGGGACUUCGUGACAAAGCCCCGUGCCCGUCGCUCUGCAGUGCAGGCGUUAUUUCAGGGGAGGGCAGUUCCCCUUCUCAUUGCCUUAAAACAUAUCGCAGUGCGGCUGAUGCUGCGGUUAUGACUGAGUCUGCUUGACAGGAGUUGUUUCCUGAAUGUAAACUGGCUGUAUUCACGUUAACAUUUUCAGGAGGGCAAAGAACUGUACCUUAAAGAUGCAUCUCAAACUUGACAAGCCGAUGCAAGGCUAUUGUCUUGCUGUUUAAUUAUUAGCUUUCUGCUGGUGACUGGCAAGAUCCUCCCGGUUUGCUGUGUAGGCCAUGUGAAAUGGCAGCCAGGGCUUUACCCAAACUGAACUCCCUGAUGAGCUGCUUCAGUAUAACCCCGCAGAGAUGACUGUUAGAAUCCUGAUCCAUUGUCUGGUCAACUCAUUUGUCUUUCUGUCCAUCGUCUUCUGUGUCAGAGUUGUGGAAUACGUUGUUUGUGACUUGGCAUGAUCUGAAUGGUGGUUUUCUGUCUGCACUACGUGGGCAUCAUCUGAGAUGUUCUACAGCAGGAUGGUCCAUUUCUGGUUGGCAAUAGAUUUAAAGCACCCUUCUGUUGAGGCUGUUGCUCAGGGCAGUUACCUGGUUACAAAGAUGAAAGCACUUGAGAGAUGAUGUGACCACCGGAGAACAAAGUUUAUUGAGGGGAUUUUGGGGGGUUUGGGUUUUUGUUUGUUUGGGAUUGGUUUUUGGUUUUGGUCUGUUUAAGUAUUCCAGUAAGUGUAAUAAGGUAAUGUAGGUUCUUAAAGUGCUAUUGGAAGUCCAAAACACUUGAAUAUCAGAAGGAGUGGCUCUAUCUCAAGUAUUUGUGCUAAAUAGAAAGUCAGAGGAGGGGGGAAAGGAAGUUACAUCACAUUGUCAAAUAAGGAACAGCUAGCUAGAGUGGAUGACUUGUAGUGCAAAAAUGUGCCCCUCCUCCUGUGAAUUGCUUUUGAGAUUCAUUACAGAUACGUGGUGGCAAGCACUGAAACUGUACCACCUUCACAAGCACUCAGAGCGCUGCGAUCUCAGUGCCACAAUCCAUGUGGAAGUAGGACAGAGGAGCAGAGUAACCGGAAGCCCAUUCUGAGUAACACACGUUGUGCAAAUGAGGAGCAAACAAGCACGAAGGAUACAGAAUGCUGCGUAGCUGCAUGGCAUCCACUUUCUUUAGCUAAAGCCUGAUAUUACUUAUGGGAAUGCAAACUGCAAGAAGCCUGUCAGCUCCUGGGAGUUUCUAGAAUUGGGAGAUAUCACCACAGAGCAGUACACAAUGUCAACUGCAGGAGUUGCUGCUCAGGAAAUGAGAGUCCCACUGAAAACUGGAUUUCUUCAUGCUAGUCAAGGCAUGGGGGGUCUAAAAACCUGCUGGGGUACCCACAGUGGAUUUGAGAAUACUUUCUUUAACGUGGACCCCAUAGCAGUGGCAUAUAACUUGAAUCCAUCAGCAGAGCAACGUUUACCAUCCAUUGGACACUCCUCCAACUGCGUUUCCACAAAUGACCACAGCUUUGCUGAAAGUUGCCUCCAAGUCCCAUCUCAGAAAUCUAGUCCAGCUCCUGUAAGUCCCAGAAAUGAGCAGCCAAUUUCAAGAUAUGAAGACCAGCUCAUUCCUGGCUUUAGUAAACUGUCAUUAACCGCAGGCUGUGUUUCUGAGGAAACACCUCCUCAUAUGCCAAUAAAAAAUGGGCCAAUUCAAUUUCUGUCUGCAUCUUCCAAUGACCGUAGCUCCAGGCCACUACCCCCUCUGCCUGUCCCUGAGGAUAUUACUCCAGACGAGGUUGACAGAGAAGUGGAGUUCCUGACUAGCUCAGAUACAGACUUCUUGUUAGAAGAUUAUGGACUUCCUCCUUUUAAAUCCAGUGGUUCGAGUCGGCGGAGCUUUAGAGGUUGUGGACAAAUCAACUAUGCAUAUUUCGAUGCUCCAACAGGACCAAAAACAGAAGAUGCCAACCCUACACAAAGCAUAAAUGGAUGCAUAUCCAGUAUCUACCCUCCUCCACAGCAGCUGCAUCGACGUUUGCGAAGGUCCCAUUCAGGACCAGCUGGCUCUCUUAAUAAACCAGUAGUGAGACUAUCUGGACACUUAAACAGGUCUUCUCCAAACUCUGAUGAAGAUAAACCAGAGAUCCCCCCAAGAGUUCCCAUACCUCCAAGGGCUCUCAAACCAGAUUACAGAAGGUGGUCAGCAGAAGUUGCUUCUAGUGCAUACAGUGAUGAAGACAGGCCUCCCAAAGUGCCCCCCAGAGAACCUUUGUCUCGUAGUAAUUCCCGUACUCCAAGUCCUAAAAGCCUGCCAUCAUACCUCAAUGGGGUUAUGCCCCCCACCCAGAGUUUUGCACCCGAUCCUAAAUAUGUCAGCAACAAAGCUCUACAAAGACAAAAUAGUGAAGGAUCUUCCAACAGGGUCCCUUGCAUUCUUCCAAUUAUUGAAAACGGUAAGAAGGCCAGUUCAACACACUACUAUCUGCUGCCUGAAAGGCCUCCCUAUCUAGACAAGUAUGAGAAAUUCUUCAGAGAGGCAGAAGAAACUAGUUCUAAUACAGAGGUUCAGUCCUGGUCUGGUGACUGCAUGGCCACUUCGGUCCCAGCAAGACUGGACUCGAAACCUAGAAUGGACAUAGCUGGUCAUCUGAAAAGGAAACAUCUGUCUUAUGUGGUUUCUCCAUAGCCUCUGGGAGCACAGCUCAUCUGGGUUGUUGAGGAUGGAGCCAAACUUUAUCAUGUUAAAAAGAUCUUAAGGUUCUCAAAGUAGGACAGGUUUGUCCUUUGUGAACUAGGUAGUGGAUGGUAAAGUCCUCUUAGUUUGCACCUCUCUGGUAUGUUUCUUAAGUCUCUUUUUUGUUUUGGUACGUAUACCUGAAAACUGACAAAGAUUGCACAGAAACAUACAGAGAUGGUAGUUGCAGUUGGCCAGUUAUAUGCUACCUUAGAUAAGUGUAUUUGGUAGUCACGUUAUCAAAAUAAGUCUAAAAAAAAUUUAACUUUGCUUAUGAGUUCCUUACAAACCUGACAACAGAGCAGAUAAUGCAGUACAGUUCUCGUACCAGGCAUUUCUAAAAUUUCUUUUGCACAGUAACUGCCAAGUAGAGAUUCUAUUCUCUUUCACUAUGAAAUACCAACUUGGUAAGAAGGUGACUGCAAUAUCACUUAGAUAACCGAUAACUUUCAGGCCUGUCGAGCAUACUGAAAAUAUUUUUAGACUAUUAAAUCCAUUUUACAACUUAAUUGGUAACCAGUAGACUUACUUUCAAAGUGAAGCAGCGUGGAACUGAGAUAGGCUUUGUGGAUUCUUUUAGUUCCUGGACACUUGGCUCAAUUUUGCAGUUCUUCCUAUGAGAGACAAAUAUGGACCAGAUAUUGCUAAGCUUCUGCUGCUGCUCUUUUCCCGCUGGAUCCUAGAAAGGUUCGUGUCAUAAGAAGUGGCAGAGGAUGUGAGCAGGUAUAUGAUUGCUAUAAGUAGGCCACAACAACUUCAUGCUCAUCUUGCAUCUGAAAUUGGGUGUAUUAAGCAUAACACAAGCUGGUCUUGUGUUCUGGUUUCUGUUCAGUAUUUUAGGAGAGGAGGAGAGUAUGGGGAAAAAAAUGAUUCCACUUACAAACAGUGUCACUCCUAUUUGUUUCUGCUUCUGACACUGUUUCUUGCUGUUUAAUUUUUCCUUGUUCUGCUUCUGUGUUCCAGUAAAGUUCAUUGAGUUGCCACGUUUGUGUGUUAGCAGUUUCUUGUGAUUACAUUUACCCUCUUGCAGAUAAGCACAGAAGAAAGGGUGCUCUUUAACGGAGGUACAAAAGAUGAAUGUGUUCCUCCUAACAGAAAUAGACGAGCUGUUUACAAUUUGAACUGCUGAAUGAGAUGUUUGAGCUAUUUUAAAGCUUACUUUUUAUUUGUUUUAGUACAAACUAAAUGAAGGUGAAAUACAUGCUAUAGAAAUGCACUGAUAUUUCUGCAUCAUGUACAGUAUUGAAUAAAGAAGAAUUCACUUUGUAUUUUGAAUAUUGUCAUGUCUUGAGUUUAAUAAAGUUAUAAUAUACUUAUUUAUGAUA